UGCAGAUUACAAUAGGUGGGUGCUAUAUAUAUAUAUAUAUAUAUAUAUAUAUUAUUGUCCGUAUACGACAAUACGUAUAUACAACAGCGAAUACUGGAACUGGAUACGUUUAGACCUAUUCAAUGUUUGCGCAUCGCGUCCGUCACUCCACUACUUCAGCGGCAGUGAUUGCUGAUCAGUGAAUCCGUCAGUCUGCACUCUGCUCAAAUGAUCGUCGUCCCAACAACGCGAUCUUGAAGUCCAAUAUUAUAAUUAUUUUUAUUAUACUCUCAAUCGUAAUUAUUUUUUAUCGUUUUUUAACGAGACAUGAACGUUUUUUUAUACUGUUCUUUUAUGUCCAAUAAUCAAUAACCGUCAUUAACCAUCUCGGUCGACCGGAUCAAUUAUCGUAUUAUACAAUAUUAGCGUCGACCUUUGCACUAGCCGUCUAACGUCUUCAUUAUGAGUGCCGUUAAAAGGAUUGUGUCGGUCGCGUAUCUUCUGAUAGUAUUGGUCACAUUGGUUCAGUGUGAAAACUGUACGGUGAAGAAGACUUCUAAUGGAACUUUUACGAGAGAACGGCUGAUGACUUGCCCUUCGUCCGAAUCGGCGAAAGAUGCGAAAUUCUGUUGCUACGACAAGUACGACAGUGUCGAUUGCUGCAACGGUGCUGACCAUUUACGUCACAUAAUUCUAAAAUAUAUGCCAGAUCUGUUAACGCUUCUGAUCAUAAUUGUUGGCCUGAUAUUGACAUGUUGUAUUUUUUGUAUCUGUAUUCCAUGUUAUUGCAUCAUGAGUCGUCGUCGCCCGAUUUACAAAGAUUCAAAUGAUAAUGCAAAUAUGGUUGCUGCCGUUUCUUUGCCCAAUGAAUCUCAAGAACAAAAUAUACCAAAAAAAGAAGUUACUCAUCAUUUACCACCAGGAGCUUAUCCUGUUUAUCCACAAUUUAUGGGAAUGCAACCAUUAAAAUCGACUGAAGUAAAUUGUUAAUUCACACAUCACAAUAACAAUAGCUGUUCUUAUAAAAAGCCAAAGCAUGUUAUUAUUAAUAUUAUUAUAUUUAUUUGUGCCAUCAACUGAGUAACGAAGGUUUGUGAACGACUAAAUUUUUUUUCUUUUAUCCUUAUCUUUAAAUUUUUGACUUUUAUAGUCUGGCUAUCAAAAGAAUAUUAUUAUCUUAAAUAUUAAGUUACCUAGUUUUGAACUGAUUAUGGUUAGAAUUAAUUUUCAUAUAUAUACAUAAAAAAAUAAGACUUCGUGUGUUCGCCUUAAAAUAAUAUACCAGCACAAUAUUUUGUAUAUAUA